CAACAAUCUGAUGAAAUCAUGAAUCUUUUUGAAAAGCAACGGCAUAAAAUUAAACAGAUGGAAAAAAGUAUGGCUAGUCUAGAAAAAAUCAGGAAAGUGACAGAUGAGUUAUUAUACCAAUGCAUUCCUCGAUCAGUAGCCAGAAAAAUUCGAAAUGGUACUCCAGCAAUGGAAACAAUACAGACAUUUGAUGAAGUUACAAUAUGCUUUACUAAAGUUGUCAACUUUGCUGCAAAAUGUAUGCAUAUAACUGUUGAACAAGUGAUUGAAUUACUGAAUCAAAUGUAUACUCUUUAUGAUGCUCUAACUGAAAACCAUAAAGUUUACAAGGUGGAAACAAUUAAUGACAGUUAUAUGUUGGUUUCUGGAGUACCAAGUCGAACACCACUACACGCUGCACACAUCAUCGAUACAGCAUUAGAUAUCAUAGAAACAACACUAGCCAGUCUCUUUUGGCCAGAAACUAUUGAAAAUACACCACCAGGUUCUAAUAAUAAAACUGUGUACACAGAAGAAAACUUACAUCUUUACAUUGGAUGUCAUACUGGUCCAGUUGUUGCUGGUGUAGUUGGUUAUAAAACACCAAGAUAUUGUUUAUUUGGUGAUACAGUGAAUACUUCAAGUCGAAUGAUGAGUCAUGGUAUGCCAGAUCAAAUUCAUAUUAGUGAAUCAUGUGCUCAAUCUCUGUCACCCUAUCCAUAUGUGGUGGAAUGUCGAGGAGAAAUCUCAAUAAAGGGUAAAGGGGGUAUGAAAACGUACAUUGUAACUGGUCGAAAACCAGAUUUUACCACACAAGACACAACUGAUGGUAGCAGUCGCAGCUUCGCUGAAGUCCUUAGAGAAGACUUACUCAGAGAGGAUGAGACACCGUCAGAAGACUCAGAAGAUGCAUCUAUCAAACUAUCAAUCGAUCUUUCUGAUAAAAGUGGGACUACUGAAGGCUCCGCCCCAGAAUCACCACAAAAUGAGAUAGAAGAAUUGGAAAUGGAUGCUGAUAUGAAUGAGACAAAUGAUGUGUCUUCAAAGAAACAAGAACGUAGAUCCAGUCGAGGUGGAAGUAGGCGUUCAAGUAAAAAUAAAGUUGGCUCCGGUAAAAAUGAAGAAAAGCGGCGCCAAUCUCAACCGCGCUCCAAUCGUGCCUCACCAACAGCUGAGGAUGCAGGAUUGGACAAGAGUGACUCUGGUUUCGUAAACAAUCAAAACACAACCGAAGUUCUUAACCUAGCUGCACGCCGUCUGGUUGAAACUAAAAUUAUGGACAUAAAAAAUGAACAGAAAAAGAAGCAAGAUAUAACAUUUAGCCUAGAUAAUCCUAAAGAAAUCAUGAAAGAAUCACCAAGCGAAGCGGAUUUGCAAACAAUCGGUAACGUGGGCGACGAAGCAACUCUGUUUAAGUCUAAGCCAAAAUCAUUUGAACGCACAAGGCUGAUUAAACUGAACGCACCAAACAGAACUCGUAAUGAAUCUACUUCUAUCAAAUCCAGUCAGGCUUCUGGCAUUAGUGGUGAUGGAAGUAACUUAGAAUCAAGUAUCAGUGAAGCUGUUCCAACGAGUAAUGACACUGACGACACUAAAACUGAAGAUGAUCAAAAUGAAAAAAGUGCUGUGCAACAAUAUCGGAAUAUGGUCAUACAAAAUCGUUUUGAUCCUGUACCAGCAAUGCCAUUCUGUUCUCCUCAAGCGGCCAUGUUCAGAGAUUUAGCUUCGAAUUUUAUGCGAAGAAUCGAUGAGAACCUGACAGAAUUUUGGGAAGAAAAUAUGCGCAAAUUGAGAGACUUAGGUUGCUAAAGUCAGCGUUCCAUGUAGAAUGAAUUUCAUAGUACUUUUGCUCAGCCACUGUGUUUAGCAAUAACUGAAUUACUCAUUGUUAAACCAAAAAAUCCAAUUACUUAUCUGGCUAUUUGGUUGAAAAACUAUUCAAGAGAUAGUACAAAUUUGAACUGGGUAAUUAGCUCUGAAUAAAAAUAAUAAAAAAAUGUUAUGCUUGAAUAAAAUA